ACCAUACAAACCCUCAACUUCGCGAAAAUAUCGUAAUCGUCCCUCCAAAAAGCGAGAAGGAUCGAUUGAUCUACUCUGCAAGUUUUCUAUUUGUCUUCCUUCGCUUCUUCUCCUCCUCCUCCCUCCUCUGUUUGCCGCUCUCUCUUUUCACUCUUCGACAUGACUAUGAUAACCCCGCCGCCGCUCGAUCAGCAAGAGGACGUGGAGAUGCUGGUUCCGCAUUCUGAUGUAGUCGAGGGACCUCAGCCCAUGGAAGUUGCUCAACUCGAGGCUGCUGCUGCUGUGGAGAAUCCGCCAGCGGAGGAACCUCCCUCUGUGAAGUUCACGUGGCUUAUCCCAGGUUUCACGAGGCUGAACACCAGGAAGCACUACUCUGAUGUUUUUGUUGCUGGAGGUUAUAAAUGGCGAGUAUUGAUUUUUCCGAAAGGAAACAAUGUGGACCAUUUGGCCAUGUACUUGGAUGUUGCUGACGCUGCGAGUUUGCCAUACGGGUGGUGUAGGUAUUCACAUUUCGGCCUGACUGUAGUGAAUCAAAUCAACAACAGAUAUUCCGUGAGAAAAGAGACCCAACAUCAAUUCAAUGCAAGAGAAAGCGAUUGGGGGUUUACAUCAUUCAUGCCUCUCGGCGAGCUCUACGAUCCCACUCGUGGAUAUUUGGUUAAUGAUACUGUUCUGAUUGAAGCUGAAGUUUCUGUGCGGAAGGUUCUUGAUUACUGGGCAUAUGACUCAAAAAAAGAGACGGGUUUUGUUGGACUUAAGAACCAAGGUGCUACCUGUUACAUGAAUUCUCUCCUGGAGACCUUGUACCACAUACCCUACUUCAGAAAGGCUGUUUACCAUAUGCCAACAACUGAGAAUGAUGCACCUACGGCGAGCAUCCCAUUGGCGCUCCAGAGUUUGUUUUACAAACUUCAGUAUAAUGACACCAGUGUAGCGACAAAGGAGCUGACAAAGUCGUUUGGCUGGGAUACAUAUGAUUCGUUCAUGCAACAUGAUGUUCAAGAACUCAACCGAGUUCUCUGUGAAAAGCUCGAGGACAAAAUGAAGGGAACUGUUGUGGAGGGAACAAUACAGAAGUUAUUUGAGGGUCACCAAAUGAAUUACAUUGAGUGCAUUAAUGUAGAUUACAAAUCCACUCGGAAAGAAUCAUUCUAUGACCUCCAGCUUGAUGUUAAAGGCUGCAAAGAUGUAUAUGCUUCUUUUGACAAGUAUGUUGAAGUUGAACGCCUUGAAGGAGACAACAAAUACCAUGCAGAAGGACAUGAUUUGCAGGAUGCAAAAAAAGGUGUUCUGUUUAUGGACUUUCCACCCGUACUUCAACUUCAGCUCAAGAGGUUUGAAUAUGAUUUUAUGCGAGACAUAAUGGUGAAGAUAAAUGAUCGAUACGAGUUUCCUCUUCAACUGGAUCUCGACCGAGAGAAUGGAAAAUAUUUAUCCCCUGAUGCUGACAAGAGUGUCCGUAACCUCUAUACACUCCAUAGUGUCCUAGUUCAUAGUGGUGGAGUUAAUGGAGGGCACUAUUAUGCUUAUAUCAGACCAACACUCUCAGACCAGUGGUAUAAAUUUGAUGAUGAACGGGUGACAAAGGAAGAUGUGAAUAGGGUACUGGAAGAGCAAUAUGGUGGCGAAGAAGAGUUACCACAGAAUAAUCCUGGUUUCAACAAUCCACCUUUUAAAUUCACAAAGUACUCGAACGCAUACAUGCUUGUUUAUAUCCGGGAAAGCGACAAGGAUAAAAUAAUAUGCAACGUUGAUGAAAAAGACGUCGCCGAACAUUUACGGGUGAGGCUGAAAAAAGAACAAGAAGAGAAAGAAGAUAAAAGAAAAUACAAGGCUGAAGCUCACCUUUUCACGACAGUCAAGGUCGCAAGAGAUGAAGACAUCACAGAGCAAAUUGGAAAGAAUAUGUACUUUGAUCUUGUUGAUCAUGAAAAAGUCAAGAGUUUUCGAAUCGAGAAACAGACCCCCUUUCUGCUUUUUAAGGAAGAGGUGGCCAAAGAAUUUGGUGUCCCUGUUGAGCUGCAGCGGUUCUGGAUUUGGGCAAAGCGGCAAAACCAUACUUAUCGUCCCAACCGCCCCUUGUUAUCCCAUGAAGAAUUACAGAUGGUUGGACAUAUAAGAGAGGCAUCAAACAAGGCAAACAAUGCUGAGCUAAAGCUGUUUCUGGAAAUUGUGCGUGGACCGGAUGAGCGUCCUAUUCCUCCCCCAGCCAAGUCAUUUGAAGAUAUUCUUCUUUUCUUUAAGCUCUAUGACCCUGAGAAUGGAGUACUAAGAUAUGUUGGCAGGCUCAUGGUGAAAAACUCCAGUAAGCCCAUGGAUAUAAUAGGGGAAUUGAUUCAAAUGGCUGGCUUUGCUCCUGAUGAGGAAAUAGAACUUUUUGAGGAAAUAAAGUUUCAACCUUGUGUAAUGUGCGAACAUCUGGAUAAGAAUACGUCUUUUAAACUAUCUCAAAUUGAAGAUGGUGAUAUCAUUUGCUAUCAGAAAGCUCUUUCUAUCCAGGAGAAUGAAUGUCCAUACCCGGAUGUGCCAUCGUUUUUGGAGUAUGUACAGAAUCGAGAGGUGGUGCGUUUUCGUACUCUGGAAAAACCAAAAGAUGAUCAGUUUACUAUGGAGUUGUCAAAGUUGCACUCAUAUGACGAUGUUGUGGAUAGAUUGGCUGAGAAGAUUGGCCUUGAUGAUUCAUCGAAAAUUAGGCUUACUCCUCACAAUUGCUACUCCCAGCAACCCAAGCCUCAGCCUAUUAAAUACCGUGGAGUUGACCAUCUAUCAGACAUGUUAGCUCACUAUAAUCAGACGUCUGACAUUUUGUAUUACGAAGUUUUGGACAUUCCUCUACCAGAAUUGCAAGGUCUUAAGAUUCUAAAUGUAGCUUUUCAUCAUGCUUCAAAGGACGAAGUGAUAAUUCACACUAUCAGACUGCCUAAGCAGAGUACUGUGGGAGAUGUUAUUAACGAGCUUAAAACAAAGGUGGAGCUUUCACAUCAAGAUGCAGAAUUGAGGUUGCUUGAGGUGUUUUCCCACAAAAUCUACAAGACCUUUGUAUCUACCGAAAGAAUUGAGAGUAUCAAUGACCAUUACUGGACUUUACUAGCAGAGGAGAUACCUGAGGAAGAGAAGAAUAUUGGUCCCAAUGCUCGGUUAAUCCAUGUGUACCAUUUUACUAAAGAGUCUGGACAAAAUCAGCAAGUUCAUAAUUUCGGGGACCCCUUCGUUUUGGUGAUCCACGAAGGUGAAACUUUGGAAGAAAUCAAGACCCGCAUCCAAAAGAAACUUCAUGUACCUGAUGAGGACUUUGCCAAGUGGAAGUUUGCUUUUUUCUCAACGGGACGCCCCGACUACUUGCAGGACACAGAUGUUGUUUACAAUCGCUUUCAGAGAAAGGAUGUAUAUGGUGCGUGGGAGCAGUAUCUUGGGUUGGAGCACGUUGAUAAUGCUCCUAAAAGGGCUUAUCAUAACCGGCACGCAUAUGAGAAGCCGGUGAAAAUAUAUAAUUAGGAGGAGCAAGAGAGGAGACGUGGUGGCCAUCCAUGGAGGAAUAUUUUAAAGGGUGGUUUUGGUGUGAGGAUUUUAGGAUGUAGAGACUCGAAUUAGUUUUUCAUGAUAACCACAAAUGAAACAUAUCUGCCAGGAGAAUGGUUUUAUUUAGGCCCUGAUGGUAGUAACUGUGGUCUAUUUUGGCUUCCAAACACUACUACUCUUUUUGGUGUUAAUAUGCUAUUGUCUGAGACUAUUUUUUACCGACCCUCGGUUCUUCUCUGCAAACAUUCUCAUUUUUAUGACAGAAGAAGCCCCUUUCUUGGA